AUGGUGGCAUUUUCAAAACCUCUCGAUAGAUUGCCAGUGCCUCUACAAGCGGUUUUGGAGCCUGUCACCAGCAAUGUUCCACGACAGCCGUAUAGCAAGACCAAAGUUGUUGCCUCCGCUGCAGUUAUAACUCUAGCUGUUUAUAUUACAAAUUAUAUUUAUAAAAGACGAAUCGAAAAUUCUGGGUCUCAAAUUAUAUAUCCAUUAUCAGGUUUAAAUGAUAGAAUUGACGCUUUUGAUGGCCCAGUGUCCGGCAAUAACAAAUAUACCUUAACGGUACCUUAUAAAAAUCGUACUGCAAAAGUCACUGUUCGUCCAACUUCCACCGAAACUUUUAAAAAACACAAGAAAUUAUUUCCUGCCGUCACGAGUAGUCAAAGAGUUGGAGUAAACAAAAUUUUUUUUAAACAGCUUUCUGCAAUUUUAAAAAUUAUCAUACCAAAAAUCAGAUCAAAAGAAGUUAUUAUAUUGGUGUUACAUUCUGUAUUUCUGGUGUUAAGAACUUGGUUAAGCAUUGUUGUGGCAAGGCUGGACGGAAGAAUAGUUCGAGAUUUGGUUGCUGCAAACGGCAAAGAAUUUCUUAAAGGGAUAAUGUACUGGUUUGCUAUAGCCAUCCCAGCAACAUACACAAAUAGUAUGGUAAAUAUUGAAGACAAAUUAAUUGAUCACUUGAAACUUGACCUUGUCUGUUCUAAAACGCGAUUGACGCGUUAUGUACAUGAUCUUUAUUUGAAUAAAGAGACCGCUUAUUAUAAAACAAUUAAUCUUGACAAUAGAAUCGGUGGUGCUGAUCAGUUCAUAACUACUGACAUAGCUCGUUUUUGUGACGGUCUUGCUUCUUUGUAUUCUAAUUUGGGUAAACCGUUAUUAGAUACAAUUAUAUUUAAUUACCAAUUGACAAAAAGCAUUGGUCUUGCCGGAAUGAUAGGGCUAUUCGGAAAUUACCUGCUUACUGCGUGGAUAUUAAGGAAGGCCACCCCUGCUUUCGGUAAAUUGGCUGCUCAUGAAGCUAAAUUGGAAGGCGAUUUUCGUGCCGCCCAUACUCGUCUUAUUACCAAUGCUGAAGAGAUUGCUUUCUAUAAUGGAGCUGAUUUGGAACUUUCUAUUCUGAAUCGUACUUAUACGAAACUUAUUAAACACAUAAAUUCCAUUUUUAAAAUCCGUAUUGCAUAUAAUAUGUUUGAAGACUUUCUAAUAAAAUAUUGUUGGAGUGCGAUUGGACUUUUAAUGUGUUCUGUGCCUGUUUUCUUUCCUACUUGGGGAGGCCGAGGUGGCAGGCAAGAAUUAGAUGGUGGUAAUACCGUCUAUGGAAAAGAAAGAGAUCGGACAAAAGCAUUUAUUACUAAUAAAAGGCUCAUGUUGACACUUGCUGAUGCUGGAGGUCGUAUGAUGUAUUCUUACAAAGAACUUGCUGAACUUGCCGGCUAUACUUCUAGAGUUUAUAAUUUACUUUCCGUCUUACACUCUCUGUAUGCUGGCGAAUAUGUUGCAACACCUCGUCCGUUGAAUUUUCCUGAUGACCAAGAAUUUUAUUCGCUUGGUGAUAUACAUGGUGAAGUCAUUUAUGGUUAUAAUGGUUUAAAAUUUGAAAGUGUUCCGAUUGUCGCACCUAACGCAGGAAAUGAGCGAGGAGGUGAAGAAUUGAUAAAGUCAUUGAAUAUUGCAAUAAAUCCUGGCGAACAUUUGUUAAUUACUGGUCCAAACGGUAUUGGCAAAACGAGUGUCGCGAGAGUAAUCAGUAGAUUAUGGCCUUUGUUUCGAGGUCGAUUAUCUAGGCCUGAAGAAAAAGAUAUUUUUUAUAUUCCUCAACGUCCAUAUCUUAGCAUAGGCACUCUUCGUGAUCAAAUCAUUUAUCCACAUUCUUUAACGGAUAUGAAACGUUCAGGUCGCACUGACAAAGAACUACUCGAAAUUCUACGUGUAGUUCAUUUGGCUAACAUACCUGAUCGCGAAGGUGGAUGGGAAACUCAAAAAGAAUGGAAAGAUGUUUUCUCUGGUGGAGAAAAACAAAGGGUAUAUUUUUUAGAAUUUUAG